AUGGCGCGACCGCCUGAUUAUGAGCCCAGCAUAGCCCCAGCUGCCUUCACGGCUGCGUGGCGUAAGAAGUUCAGGCCACAACCGCGGCAGUCUUCUUCCAUUUACAGUCUUCCCGAUGAUAAUUGUCCGUUUGAAAACGAUGACCAACCGCAGCACUAUCAAGCCAAUAAUGAGACAAGGAACGAGGUUGAUUGUCAGCGUAGUGAAAGCGAGGACCCGGCCACGGGGCCUCCAAGCUUGGCUUUGCCCGACUUAGACGACCUGGAGCAACAGUCCCCCGAAGUGUCCAUGGCCCUGGCAGGUACAUUCAUGAGAGAGGCGAUGGACAAGCAGAUCAAGCAGCAGGACGUCUGGAACGAUGACAUGCAACAGCGGAUGGAGGCCAUUUUAGAACACUACCAGAAAAUAGACUCUCUGGAAGAACAGGUGGCGGCGCUCCAAGCAAAGCUAGAUAUUUUGUGCGGUAACAAGGAAGAGGCUAAUGCAGGACGCAGAACGGGUGGCCGCAGGCGCCAGGCAACGUGA